AUGAAAAAAUGGGAUGAUGAUGCAAGAUUGAAGAAUUAUGUUAAUAAAAUACUAAAUGUCAAAUCAACUAUGACAAAAAAAUUAAAUACUGCUUCAAAAAGUAAUAAAUCAUUACUAUUUUGAUAUUAGAGAGAAUCAAUAGAGAUACUGAAUAUAGUAGCAAUGCAACCUAUCGUUCAGAUUAAUUAGAUUUUAAAGAGAGUGUUCUUUAUAAGUAAUAAGAAUAAAGUAAUAUUAGAUAAUUAGUGGAGUACAAUUUAUAAUAAUAUACAAAUAAAUUAUUGUUAAGAGGAUAUAAGAGUGGUUUAUAAUAAUUAGCAUCAUAAUCUUAGGAAUCAUAAAACAUUAUCUUACAAGAGAUAAAACUAUUACCUGGACAUAAAUAAAAAUUUGUUGAUCUAUUCAAAUAAUUAAAUGAAUAAUAUGAGUCUGGCAAUGAUAACAAGCUAGUAAAUCAUAAUAAUUUUGCUUAAAAUCGUAAUACUUUACCUGGCUCAUUAAAUUCACAUGGAUAAUUUGAUUAAACUAAAGAAGUAUUUACUGAAAUUCUAAAACCCAUAAAUAGAAGAGCAUCUUUAAAAAAUUUUUCACCUUCCCAUGAGUAGACUUAAAUCAAACCUAGAGUAUUACCAAAAUUGGAAAAAGUGUAGAGUAAAGGCAAAAAAGAAAGGAGUCCUUAAUUUGAAGAAAUUAAUUCUAAAUAAUAAGAUUUAUAAGUUACAAAUGUUGCAUAGAUACCUAAUUUUAAAGAGAGUAUUUCAAAACAAGCAGCAAAGACGAUUAAAAAACCUAUCUAAAAUUAAAUAAAGUAAAAGUUAUCUUCGUAGAAAUCUCAUUAAGAAAAACCGAAUAAAUUUAUAAAUAAACUCUUACUAACUAAUGGGAAAAACAAGAAUGAAGUAAAUUUAGAAAGAGAAUAAAUUUAAAUGAUGUAUCAAUCUUUUGACAAUGGAAGAUUAGCAUCUACAUUAAUCAAUAUUGAUAUUGAAGAAAUAAGUUAUUGUGUUGGGAUUUAAAUUUAAAAAAUGAUGGUUCUUGCUGACUUAGUUUAAAUACAAAAUAUUAAUAAACAUGAAAUUUAAUAGGCUGAUAAUGUAUCCGGUUUAUCAGAUAGUAAAUAAAAAUAAUAAUAUUAGGUUAGAAUGUAAUUAAUGAUGAAAAUGAUGGGGAAUACAUUUAAGAUUAGGAUUUCCAAAUGGAGCAAAUCGAUACUGAAAAAUAGCACAUUAAAAAGGAAUCCCUUUAUUACGAAGAAGACCAAGAACAAGAUUAUCUUGAAGAGUUUGAAAAUAAUGAACAAUAAAAUUGUAAUCCAGAGUCAGAGUACUUGGAUGAAUAAUUUUAACCAGAUGUUGAAAAUAAGUAAAUAUCUAAUACUAUUAUUUAAGUUAACCAUUACCUAAAUCUCAAUUUUCAGUUGACACUACAUUAAAUUUACAAGAAUCCAUUUUAUUUAAUAAAGUGUUUGUUGAUAUGUAAAUGACAAAUUAUAUACCAAACGUGGAUAUCAUUCAAAAUUAUUGUAAAAACAUAAUGACAACAACAAAAAUGGAAAGAGAAGUAGCAAUUAUAUCGAUGAUAUAUAUAAAUAGAUUAUUAGACCAUAAUCAAGGAAUAGAAAUCAAUUGUUUAAAUUGGCAGAAAGUGUUAUUUACAGCUUUAGUUAUGGCUUCAAAAAUAUGGGAUGAUGAAUCAUUUGAAAAUAAUAAUUUUGCCAAAGUACUUCCUUAGUUUUCAACAAUUUAAAUAAAUGAAAUGGAAAAGGUGUUUUUGAAAUUAAUAGAAUAUCAUCUCUAUGUCAAUUCUGGAGACUAUGCUUAAUAGUAUUUUUUAUUGAGGACAUAUGCAGAUAAAAAAUAACGAAGCUAUGCUGUCAAAUAACUCGAUAUUGCAACAGUUCUGAGAUUAUAAAGAGGUGGUCAAUAGUUGAUGACAAAGCAAUAAUUUUUAAAUACUUUAAACAAAAGUUUUUGA